AUGGGCUGUGCUUCGUCGGCUGCCACGGGCAAUGACGCCCCGAGAGCUUCGGGUCAGGACAAGUCGAACCAGGAGCUCAGGUUGUUGGACGAGUACGCCGUCGGUCAGACACUAGGCGAGGGAGCCUUUGGUGUGGUCUCUGUUUGCAAGAAGAGGGCCACCGGCCAGGAAUUCGCCGUGAAGAUGGUUGACAAGGUGGAGACGCCGGUGGAGGCCAUCAAGAAGGAGGCCGACAUGCUGGCGAGCAUGGACCAUCCCAACAUUGUCAAGUUUCAUGGCGUCUACUACGAGAGGUGCUUCGUGUGCAUCGUCAUGGACAAGUUGGAUGGCGGGGACUUGGUGGAGGGGCUGCAACGUCACCUCAAGGAGCGGGGGCAGAUAAACUGCCUGGACGUGGUGCACGUCGCGUACCAAAUGGCAUCUUCCAUUAGCUACUUGCACAACAGGAACGUGGUCCAUCGGGACGUCAAAGGAGAUAACUACCUGAUGGACAGAAAGAACAUGACCGACGGCCAGUGCAAGAUUGUACUCACGGACUUCGGCACGGCCUGCAACUGCAAGCCGGCAGACCGCCUUUCUUCGGGGGUCGGGACAAAGAUCUUUUGGCCUCCCGAGUUCUUCGACCGUGAGUACGGCCAGAAGGUAGACGUGUGGGCGAUGGGCGUCAUCAUGUACGGCCUUGUGAGUGGUAACUUGCCGGACGGCGACGACAACGAUGACUGCAACCGCUGA